CGUCACAAGUCUACGGUAACUACGCAUCAAACAUUUAGUAUGUCAGGCCUUCCCGAUCUAUCUCACAAAGAGCCCUCGGCCCGAACUCUGAUGGAACAAGCCAGAUCACGAGCCGACAACGCCAGAGAAGACCUCUCGAAUCCGCAUGCCGAACCGGUGGCCGGCGUACAGACCGACCAGAGCCGGAACGCUCAACAGGAUCUAGAUAAGGGUGGUACGGCGAAGACGUCGGUGGAGGGAGGCCAUUCUUCUAGAAUGGUGGAGAGAAUGACGGGCCCUUCUGGUAUCCAUUAGAUGAUAUGGUGUUUUAUGGGAUUGAUUGAGGAAGGGUGGGGUUGCUCAGUUUUGUUAUUUUGCUUUGUGUAUAUUUUCGUUAUCUUCUUUGCUAUAUGGACUAUGAAGAUCCAUUCUUUUUGUGUCAAAUAUUCAUAUUUCAGGAUAUCGCCUUGGAUUUGUAUAAGGAAAGUUAAGC